UUAAAUUUUUAUUAUUUUUUCAGAUUAAAAUGGCACCAAGAUUAUCAAAGAAAAAUAAAAUGAAAAGUGUAUCUAUUGAUACUGAUGAUACUUCUACAAAACCUGGAACUACUGAUGACAAUUUGAGCAUUAAAAUACAAAAAAAGAAAACAAAAAGAAGAAGCUACAGCUUUGCUGAAAAAACAAAAAUCAUUGAUGAAUUAAAAAAUUUGACCAACGAUGAAGUUUGUAAAAAAUAUAAUUUGAAUCCGCCUGUUCUUUAUCGAUGGUUGAAAGAUUCAUCUAAGAUUAAAUCAUGUGCUGCCGAAAAUUAUCAAGGGUGUUUGAAAAAAUUGCGCAGUCCUACAAGUACUGAAUUAGAUAAUAUGUUAUAUACAUGGUUUUUAAACACGCGAUCUUCUAAUGUGCCUAUCAGUGGGCCUAUGAUAAAACAAAAAGCUAAAGAAAUCGCUAAGGACUUGAAUAUUGUGGAUUUUAAAGCUAGUGAAGGAUGGUUAUUUGGGUGGAAACGUCGCAAGGCAAUCAGACAACUAACCAUUUCGGGUGAAAAAUUAUCUGCUGAUACUGAUGCUGCUAGUAAUCACAAGCAAGAUUUUGAAAAAAUAAGAAAAGAGAAAAAUUUAAAUCGUAAGCAGAUUUUUAAUUUUGAUGAAUCUGCUUUGCAACUAAAAAUUCUUUCUACACGGACGUUCGUUUCAAAUCAAGAAAAUGAAGCUCCAGGUUUCAAAAAGGAUAAAACUCGAGUGACGAUUGCUGCUUGUUGUAAUGCAGAUGGUUCCUGUAAGCUGCCCUUGGUUGUAAUUGGUAAAUCAGCAAAACCUCGAAAGUUGAAAAAUCAAUCUAAAGAUAAUUUACCUGUCUAUUAUACUCAUCAGAAAAAUAGUUGGAUGACGGCUCAGCUCUUUAAAGAUUAGUUUGAAUCUGAAUUUGUUCCUCGAGUGACAAAUUUUUUGACUCAAUCUGGUCUUCCAAUAAGAGCAAUAUUACUAAUCGAUAACUGUAAGGCUCAUGUAUCUUUGAAAGUUGGAGAAAUUGAAACAAUGUUUCUUCCUCCAAAUGUCACUUCGAUUAUACAGCCACUUGAUCAAGGUAUUUUAGAGUCGCUAAAAAGAAGAUACAAAAACAAACUCUUGACAGAAAUUUUUAAUGCUCAAAAAAAAAAAUAUUUCUAUUCAAGAAAAUAUGAAAACAGUUUCUUUGAAAGAAACAAUUGAUUGGAUUAGUGAAUCUUGGACUGAAAUCAAUUCCCUAACGAUUUAUAAAUGCUGGAAUAGACUUUUAACUAUUGAAACAAGAGACGUAGCCACACAAACCGAAGAUGACUCUGAAGUCCUGACCUGCUUGUAUCCGAAUAUAGGAUCAGAAUCAACUGAUUUUGUAUUGGGUGUAGGAGAUACAAGAACAUCUACGUUGCUGAGUGCUUUGAGAAAAAUCAAUGGUUUUGAAAAUGUCAGCGAGAAUGAAGUGGAGAAAUGGCUUUUGGAUGAAGAAUUGAAGGGUAAAUGUAGUUAUAAAUUUAAAAGAAAUUAUUUUUAAUCAAUUACAUACAUACAUAUUUUUGAUUUACUAGAAGUUUUACCAAAGAGUUACUGUAUUUUUUUUCCAGUAUCAACAUGAUAAUACUUGUAAAUAAAUGAAAAAUUUGCUUUCAAAUUAUUUCAAAACAAAUAACAAUAAAUAAGAAAAACUCUUUGAAAAAGGUCGGUUACUUUUAUUAUCUAACCUUUUUUAGAGAGUUUUUUUUAUUUUCGUUUGUUUUGAAAUAAGUUGGAGAUGAGAUUAUCUCGUAACGUUUGUUACAGUUAAAGAAACAGUGCGUUAUUUAUCGUAUUGAAUAUUUUAAUUAAUAACAUAUUAUCAACGGUUACAGCUAAAUUUGUGGAAGAGUCGGCGGAUGUGAAUUUUAUCGAAGAAAAUUAAAAAAAUGUUGAUAACUUAAAUCAUUUAAACGUCAAUAUAAAUGAUGGAGAAGUUUUUAAUUUAAAUGAUUCUGAUUUUCAUUUUUUAACUGAUUCUUUUGAAUUAUUAACUUAAAAUAUUUACAGCAGAUUUAUAUGUUAUCAGAGUUUAUUAUC